UUUGGAUUUGAAAAUUAAUUUCAAAUUUUGGUGGCAGAGUCGUAACUCGUACUCGUGAUCUUGUUACGAAACCUUAGAAUAUGUGUAUUUGUUUACAUAUUUCCUGUUGAAUUUAUCCGUACUAUGGACUUUCUCAUUGGUGGACUUGCUGGUGUUGGUGCUGGUUUCUUCAGCAACCCUUUUGAUGUGGUAAAAACUCGCAUGCAGUUACAAGGAGAACUACGAGCUAAAGGUCAACAUGCUGUUUAUUAUAAAAAUAUACCACAUGCCAUUUACACCAUUGUAAAACAUGAUGGCAUAACUGCUCUACAGAAAGGCCUUGCUCCAGCACUUUGGUUUCAAUUAGUAGUAAAUGGGGUAAGAUUGGGAAUAUAUCAACAAGCUGACAACUAUGGGCUUCUAAGAGAUGAGAAGAAUAACACUAAAUUUGUUAACAGUGUAUUUUUUGGUUCUUUUUCUGGCAUGUGUGGUGGUUUCAUGGGCAGUCCUUUACAACUUGUUAAGACCCAACUAAUGUCACACUCAGCUAAGCAAAUAGCUGUAGGCACACAACAUGCCCACCCAGGAAUGAUGAAUGCCUUAUCAAAGACUUAUAGGAAAAAUGGUCUUAUAGGUUUAUGGAGAGGAGCCCAUGGCAUGAUGUUAAGAAACUCUACUGGUUCUGCUUCUCAAAUUGUAGCAUAUGCAAUGUGUAAAGAAUGGAUGGACAACAAUAACAUGUUCCAGCAAUCCAAAUAUCUUCCUGCUUUUUUAGCAAGUAACAUUGGUGCUAUUGUUAAGACCAUCACACUAACACCAAUGGAUGUCAUUAUGACGAGACUCUAUAAUCAAGGGGUUGAUGCACAAGGUCGUGGUCUGCUUUACUCGGGAUUGGCAGAUUGUGCAAUGAAAAUUACUAAAACGGAAGGUGUUUUAGCUUUCUAUAAGGGAAUCGGACCAUCUUAUUUCCGCCAAGCGCCUCAUUCGGUACUUUUACUUGUAUUUUGGGAUAUGUUAAAAGAUUUACAAAAAAGUUACCAACCACUUUCAGUAUAAAUCAAUUCUAUUGAAUAAUCUCCUUAAUUGCAAAUUUAGUACCCAUAGUAUUAUAUAAUAAAUAGGAUAGUAAUUGCUGUGAUUCUGUAGAUACAUAAAAACAAUAUAUAGGUUAUUAUUACUUUACUUUAAGUAUCAGAAGUUCUUAAAUGUAAGGAAAUAAAUAAUAAUUGCCUAAACAAUAAAACUAAGUGAAAUAAAUAAAAUUUAUUAAACACCAAUGGCGUCGGCGAAACAUCUGUAUUUAUAAUUUAUUGUUAUAUCUUUGUAUAAAGUACCUUGAUAAUAUACAUAAUACAUUAAGUAAAUAUCUUUGAACCAAAUGGAGAUUUUAUCCAUUUUUUUUAAAUUGUGAUACAGUAUUAAAUGUAUGUUACUUAUUAAAAGAUCUUUGAGACCAAAGAGUUAACACGUUUUAAAUG